CGUCCGGCUUAGCUUCUUCCUCAGGUCGCUCUAGCCCAAGAAACCAUAAAGACUAGACUAGGGCGUCUUUCGUUUCCUCCUCUCUGUGGUUCCACCUUCAGCUUCCGCUUCCGGGGAGGGGCCGAAUUUUCUUCGAAGAUUAGGGGCUCUGCGCUGUAGCUAGGAUGGCUGUGGUGCCGCUACUGUUGUUGGGGGGUUUGUGGAGUGCUGUGGGAGCGUCCAAUCUGGCUGUCGUUACGUGCGGCUCUGUGGUGAAGCUACUCAAUACGCGCCACAACGUGCGACUGCACUCACACGACGUGCGCUAUGGGUCAGGUAGUGGGCAGCAGUCAGUGACCGGUGUAACCUCUGUGGAUGACAGCAAUAGUUACUGGAGGAUACGGGGCAAGACUGCUACUGUGUGUGAGAGGGGAACCCCCAUCAGAUGUGGCCAGCCCAUCCGGCUGACACAUGUCAACACUGGCCGGAAUCUCCAUAGUCACCACUUCACCUCACCUCUUUCUGGGAACCAGGAAGUGAGUGCUUUUGGUGAGGAGGGCGAAGGCGAUUAUCUGGAUGACUGGACAGUGCUCUGUAAUGGGCCCUACUGGGUGAGGGAUGGUGAAGUGCGGUUCAAGCAUUCUUCCACUGAAGUUCUGCUGUCUGUCACAGGAGAACAAUAUGGCCGACCCAUUAGUGGGCAAAAAGAGGUACAUGGCAUGGCGCAGCCGAGCCAGAACAACUACUGGAAAGCCAUGGAAGGCAUCUUCAUGAAGCCCACUGAGUUGUUAAAGACAGAAGCUCAUCACGGAGAGCUCUGAGUCUGGAAGCUGUCAGCCACUCCCACUGCACAGUGGUCAUGACGUUGGCUGCUGCUCCCUCCACCUUGGGAUCCCUGCCACACGUUCCCCGGGCAGUGGCCUUGUCACCACUGAGAUGAAGAUGCAUGACAGGCAACAUUAGCUGUGUUUGGAAGCUUCGGCCCUUCACACUUGAAUUGGUUGUUCUCCUAGACUUUGGGUUAGUUCUUUUUGAGUACAGGACUUGCUGGUGAAGGAGCACAUAUUUUUUAUUCAUAUUGAUAAAACAAUCAAUGGAGCUAUCUCUCCCACUUUGGAAAUUUUUACUCAGAAGCGUGGCGUCGUGGAUUAUUAUGUGACUUUUCUCCUACUUUCUUUCUCCAAAAUGAUAAAGAAUUUCAUUAUUAGUCACCA